AUGUUCAAGCUGGUGGUACUUUUCUCCGUGCUCGCUUUAGCAGCUGCCAAGCCAAGCUGGGUGACUCCUGUUGCCUACAGCGCCGUGCCUGCCGUCAGCUCAGUGUCGCAGUACAGCAGCGGCGUGUACCACGGAACACCAGUCGUGCCCUCCGUGUACAGUGCGUACUCCCCAGUUGUCACUGGCUACGGCGUCGUUCCUGCAUUUUCUCAAGCGCCCAACUCGCCUGCUGUAGUACUAAACGCCUACAACGGAGUGCCCCUAGACACCCCGGAAGUCGUUGCUGCCCGUGCUGCUCACUACCAAGCUAAGGCCCUCGCUGGUGUGGGUGUACACACCAUUGCCAAACGGUCUGUUGUCAACCCUGUUGCCUACACGUCAGUUGUGAGCCCUGUGGGUCACGUCGCUAACGUAGCUUCGGUAUCACCCUACUCUCCUCUGUUCCGCGGUGUUGUUUCCCCAGUAGCCUACUCCUCCCCAUUCGUAACUGCCUACAACGCCCCUGGAUACGCAUACCCUGCUGUCGUACCUAAAGCCCUCUCCGUGCACCCUUGUGCUUCACCAGCUCCACCAAAGCCUCCAGCUCCAGCACCUCCGAAACCUCCAGCACCAACUCCGCCAAAUCCUCCGGCACCAGCUCCGCCAAAUCCUUCGGCACCAGCUCCACCGAAUCCUCCGGCACCAGCUCCGCCAAAUCCUCCGGCACCAGCUCCGCCAAAUCCUCCUGCACCAGCUCCGCCAAAUCCUCCGGCACCAGCUCCGCCCAAUCCUCCGGCACCAGCUCCGCUAAAUCCUCUAGCACCACCGGCACCAAGUCCUCCAAAACCACCAGCACCUGCACCUCCAAAUCCACCGGCACCACCUCCUCCUAAGCCUCCAGCACCAGCUCCUCCGAAGCCUCCAAGACCAGCGCCAUUAAGACCUCCAAAACCAGCACCAAUGCCAGCUGCGAAGCUAAUAAUAGUUCUGUUCUCCUGGUACUUGGUAAAUCAAGUAAAAAGUCAACUACUGCCAGUGAUAUAUGCAGCACCGAGUGCUGUGUCGCAUCAAUCACGAAUUGAUGUCAAGCAUACUCCUGGAAUAAUAACCCCCUCAAUAAUAUAUAGUCCGACCAUAUAUGCAACAUAUCCAUUAAAGAAAACAACGCAGACCACUCUAACAAUGUUUAAGCUGGUGGUGUUGUCUUGCUUCGUGGCUGCGGCGUCCGCGUCAGGACUCCUCGCGGGUUACAUUUCUCCCCUGGCAUAUGCCGCACCUUUGUGGCAGCCGACCAACUACCGCGGACCGCUGUCGCUGGCUCCCGGCCAACCCGCCAAUAUCUUAGCUGCUGAUGGCAGGCCUCUGGACACCCUGGAUGUAAACUUGGACCGCUCAGCUCACUUCACUGCAAAAGCACUCAACAAUGGAUUCCACUUGCUGAAGAAACGCUCGGUCGCAGUUGUGGCUCCCUUCACAGCUCCGUUUGUGGCUCCUUUUGCUUACGCAGCGCCUUACUACCAGCCGUACAACUACCGUGGGCCAUUGUCGCUCGCUCCAGGACAGCCCGCCAACAUCCUCGGUGCUGACGGCAGGCCUCUUGACACCCUUGAUGUCAACUUGGACCGCUCCGCUCACCUUACCGCCAAGGCUCUUAGUGGCGCACACAUCCUCAAGAAACGCUCCGUACCCGUCAUCGCUCCCCAUCUGAGCACCAUCGCCGUUGCCAGAGCACCACUGAUCGCUUCUCCCUACUCUCUUUUGGAAUCACUAAUGAACGAGCUGCAUCAGUGUUUCAUAGCAGCACAGACCACUUGCACAAUGUUUAAGUUGGUGGUGUUGUCUUACGCGUUCGCGGCGGUUUCGGCCUCUGGCCUCUUCGCGCCGAUUGCUCCCUUAGCGUACUCGUCAGCAUUGUACCAGCCCUACAACUACCGUGGACCGCUGUCUCUGGCACCAGGCCAGCCUGCCAACAUCUUGGCCUCUGACGGCAGGCCUCUUGACACCUUGGAUGUAAACCUGGACCGCGCUGCUCACUUCACCGCUAAGGCAUUUGACAAUGGAUUCCAUCUUUUGAAGAAACGUUCCUUGGCAGUAGUUGCUCCUUACGCUGCUCAGCCUAUCUUACCCUACGCUUCAUUUACACCCUACGCGGCUCCCUACGCUCCUCUGGCCUACUCUGCGCCACUUCUGCAGCCCUACAACUACCGCGGCCCAUUGUCGCUGGCUCCCGGACAGCCUGCUAACAUUCUUGGCUCAGAUGGCAGGCCUCUUGACACACUGGACGUUAACUUGGACCGGUCUGCUCACCUCACUGCCAAGGCUCUUAGCGGUGCGCACAUUCUUAAGAAGCGCUCUGUUUCUCUCAUCGCCCCCAUCAGCACUGUUGCCGUCGCUAGGACGCCACUGAUCACCUCAUCCUACGCUUACCCGUCUACUUACGCUACAACACACUACAGCCCGAUCUCGUACGCCUCGUACGCUACUCCCUACGCUCACUACCUGUAAGCUCCGUCUACUUUCG